AUUCUUUUCUUCCUUCGUCACUCCACCGCCCCCCUUGCCCCUUCUUUGCUUCAUUCAAUCCUCAAUCCUCAAUCCUCAAUCCUCAAUCCUCAAUCCUCAUCCAAUUCUCUCUAAAAUUUCCAUCAAAUAUUAAUCUUUUCCCUCAUUUUUCGAACAUCAUAUCUUAAAUAAAACAAACCCAUUUUUUCUUUUUUCUUCUUUCUUUUUUCUUUUUUCUUUUUGUAUUUAAUUUUAUCCAAUUUCUCCCAUUUUUUGCUUCUCUUUCUUGUAAGAAUUUGCAAAAGCGAAAGCUUAUUAAGAGAGAAGAAUACCCAUUUGGUCUCUCUCCUUCUCCUUCUCUUUCUCUUUCUCUCGCGCGCUCUCAGAGAAGAACCUUCUGAUCGUGUUCCUCUUCUUGGUAGCAAACCAAAUCUUUCUGUCUCAUUCUCUCAAUCUCUACUCCACAUUUUGUCUUCUUUACUCUCCUUCUCCAAUUCCCAGGGCUCGAUUUUGUUAGGUUGAGCAUUCAAGCCUAGAAAAUGUAUAUGGUUCUUCAACUGAUGGUACUAUGGUAAAACAGGAUUGUGAAGAUUUCAAUUUGCCACGGAUAUCACGUACUGACACAGAAAAGUAUCUGAUGGCCAUUGUAAUGUAGCAUGAGAAUAGUUUAUAACUUCAAGUUAUUACAUGUAAAAACAAGGAACUAGUAUAACUCAUGCGGUUCCUUGUUUAUAAAAGCAAUCUUUAGAAAGUUUUUGCUGAUGCUUCUCUCAGCUUAGUUCAGCUCAAGAACUUGAACAAUAAUUGCAUUCAACGAAAUUCUAAUUACAUGGGUAAUAAGCUUGGAAGGAGGAGACAAAUGGUUGAUGAGAAGUACACAAGGCCUCAGGGUCUUUAUAACCAUAAAGAAGUGGAUCAUAAGAAACUUAGGAAACUCAUACUUGAAUCAAAGCUUGCCCCAUGUUAUCCUGGAGAUGAAGAAUCUGCCUCUGAUCUUGAAGAAUGUCCCAUAUGCUUUCUGUAUUAUCCAAGUCUCAAUCGGUCAAGGUGUUGCAUGAAAAGCAUUUGUACAGAGUGUUUUCUACAGAUGAAAGUUCCAAAUUCUACUCGGCCUACACAAUGUCCUUUUUGCAAAACCUCAAAUUAUGCUGUGGAGUAUAGAGGUGUGAAAUCAAAAGAAGAGAAGAGCUUGGAGCAAAUUGAAGAACAGCGUGUUAUAGAAGCAAAGAUUAGAAUACGGCAGCAGGAACUUCAGGAUGAUGAGGAAAGAAUGCAGAAAAGACAUGAAUUAAGUACCUCUAAUGCUGAUACUACCGUGGAGAAUGGUGAAGACAACCCUGCAGCUGCUCCAUCUUCUCAAUCUCCUGCUGAAGAUGAGGAAAUAGUCAGCUUGCAAGAUCCUUGUAUGACCCCAAUCAGACCACCGCCACCUCCUAUUCCUAUUAGAAGCAACAGGGAUGAUGAAUUUGAUCUGGAUCUUGAGGACAUAAUGGUCAUGGAAGCAAUCUGGCUCUCAAUUCAGGAGAAAGGAAGGCAUAAAGAUCCCGUUUACGCUGAGGCUGCUUCUUCUGAUCAAUAUGCCACAGAAGGUAGAUAUGUCUCUCCAGCCACUAUUCCGUUGGCUGGAACAUCAUCAUCCCCAUCUGGAGGUCUUGCUUGUGCCAUAGCUGCUCUUGCAGAGCAGCAGCAGAUUAGCAGGGGACCAUCAUCCGCUUGCACAAAUGGAGAUUCACCUGUCUUCAACAUGCUUCCUGGAGCCACGGAAUUCUACAACAGGAUGAACACCAAUGUAGAAAACUAUCCACCCACCCAAGUCUCCAUCAGUGCAGAAAAUUAUGCACCUGCACAAGUUUCGGCAGUCGACACGGUGCCAGACUGUAGGAUGAUCUUAACAAGAAAUGAUGGAGAGUGGAAUCUAGACCAUCAAUCAGAAGAAGCUGAAGCUGGGACAAGCUACCCAACAUCAGACUCAAACGAAGAUAACAGUACUGAAUGUGCUCUACCCACAGUGAAUGCAAUGGAUGGUGGAAACCAAGCAACAAUACCCAUCAUUCCUCAAAAUUUUGAAGAGCAGAUGAUGCUGGCCAUGGCCGUUUCUCUAGCAGAGGCUCGAGAAGUGUCUACCGGACCAGGGCAUUCCUGGCAGGAAUAAUUGUGAUCAUAUCUAAACUGGAAGAUUCAACUGUAAUCAACAAGAAUAUAGCUGGCAGAGCAUCGGUUGUCGUAGCCGAACUGGCUAGCUAGGGAAUGCGGACAAAGGAGUGGCACGAUGUUUGUUUAUUCAAAAGUUGAAGGUGGCAACUCCUCCUCCACCAGCCCCUCGGGUGAAAAAAAAAUGAAGGGGAAAAAAUGGAAUACAAAUUCUUUUAGUGAAUUAAAAACUUGGUGGUUCAUUCAA